AUGGACGACUCUGCACCUCUGGUAGCUGGGCAGCCACCACCGGCAACGGAUGGACUGAGCGCAAAGGGGUCGCAACCUCAAUCUCCGGACCCGGCCAUGGAAGGCGCUCCCGUCUUUCCCCUUCUGCAAAACUACCAGGCUGCGAGUCCGCCGUCGGCGCCUGUGGCCCCUCCUCGGAAUGGAGCUGCCGAGGAGGACAACGACGGCGAACCCGCUGUUGCCAUGCCGUUUGCCCGCACGUCUAGCCCUGACUCAGCCUCGCGUAUGCCCCCGGCUUCAACCAGCGGCGGCGGCGACGACGACGACCGGCUGUCGGAUCGCCUCGUCUACAAGAUGCACAAGUUCAGUCUCUACGAGACUGCUAGCCGCUACUACGUGGUUGGGGUCGAUGUGAGCGAGAAGAAAUACAGAAUACUCAAGAUUGACCGCACGACCGAGGGCGCAGAGCUCAACAUGACGGAUGAUAAGAUUGUCUAUUCUCUCAAGGAGAUGAACCUGCUCCUCGACACCAUAGACGACGGCAAUCGCGGCACCGGGGGCAUCAGGCUUCGCUGCACUACCUGGGGCCUCCUCGGCUUCAUCAAGUUCACUGGCCCGUACUACAUGCUUCUCAUCACCAAAAAAAGCACAGUCGCUAUGGUCGGCGGCCACUACAUAUACCAGAUUGAGGGCACGGAGCUUAUCCCACUCACCCCUGGUCGCUCCAAGCCUGACCCUCGAAACACCGAGGAGCAAAGGUUCUUGGGUAUCCUCAACAACCUUGAUCUCACCAAGUCCUUCUACUACAGCUACUCCUACGAUGUCACUCGCACCCUCCAAUACAACGUCACGAGGGAGAGGGCUGCGCUCGCAAAGGGGACCCUGCCGCCCUCAGACCAAGAUUUCAACGCCAUGUUUGUCUGGAAUGACUAUCUCCUGCAGCCAGCCGUAGCAUCGUUGCGAGAUCCGUACGACUGGUGCCGCCCCAUCAUUCAUGGCUACAUCGAUCAAGCGGCUCUCUCCAUAUACGGGCGAACCGCGCAUAUCACCGUGAUUGCCCGACGCUCACGUUAUUUUGCUGGGGCGCGGUUCUUGAAGCGCGGCGCCAACGAUCUGGGGUACGUCGCCAACGAUGUCGAGACGGAGCAAAUCGUGGCCGAGUCCCUGACCACGUCGUUCCACGCUCCCGGCCCACGACUCUACUGUAGCCCGCAAUACACGUCUUACGUCCAGCACCGCGGGAGCAUCCCUCUGUACUGGACGCAGGACAGUACUGGCGUCACGCCUAAACCGCCCAUUGAGCUCAAUCUUGUAGAUCCUUUCUAUGGCGCUGCCGCCUUGCACUUUGACAACCUUUUUGAGCGCUACGGGGCGCCUAUUUAUGUCGUCAACCUCAUCAAGGCCAAGGAGAGACAGCCCCGGGAAUCGAAGCUUUUGGAAGAGUACACGCAUGCCAUCGACUACCUCAAUCAAUUCCUACCGGCAGGAAAAAAGAUCAUCCAUAAGGCCUGGGACAUGAGCAGGGCGUCCAAAGUUCGCGGUGGCGACGUCAUCGGAAAUUUGGAGCUCAUUGCCGAGUCGGUUCUGAGUACAACGGGCUUCUUCCAGAAUGGCGACGGACGGACGAACCCAAUGACAGUCCAGAACGGUGUAGCCCGCACUAACUGCAUCGAUUGCUUGGACCGGACCAACGCUGCGCAGUUCGUCAUCGGGAAGCGCGCCCUCGGCCACCAACUUCACGCACUGGGUAUUCUUGACGACACCACUGUCGAGUACGAUACGGACGCCGUAAAUCUGUUCACACAUAUGUGGCACGACCACGGAGACACUAUUGCGGUUCAAUACGGCGGCUCUCAACUAGUAAAUACCAUGGAAACAUACCGCAAGAUCAAUCAGUGGACAAGCCACUCCCGGGACAUGAUUGAGAGCUUCAAGCGCUACUACAACAACUCCUUUCUGGACAGCCAGCGACAGGAAGCGUACAAUCUCUUUCUGGGGAAUUAUAUCUUUACUCAAGGGCAGCCCAUGCUUUGGGACCUUGCCACAGACUAUUACCUCCACCACGCCGAUCCCAAGGAUUGGUCUGCCGCGAAGCAGGUCAGGUACAUAAACUGGUACACCUUGUCUCAUCUCCACGAUAGGGCCGUUCCCCCACGCUUGCCAGUGCGCGGCCCGAUUGCCUCUCACCCUGUUGACUUUUUCGACGACUACUGGCUCGAGUAUUACCGCCCAGCAACCUUGUCUUCGUUCCCCAAGAUGUUCGCUUACAAAAUGAACUCGACUAUCAAAUACAUUCCGCUCAAGUCAACCCAAGACGGUCGAUACGACCUCAGUCCCUUUCGUGUGCGCACCGACGGGGAUGCUGAAGCCGACAAGAAGAAGACGAGACGAGAUCCGCCGUACACCACUCCGUCAGGCUCACCGCAGCUGCCGACGCGUGAUGAUGACUCCGCCUCCAUCGCUUCGGGCCGAGCGACGAACAAGGCCAUGUCGCUGCAGCGCUGGCUCCAGCCACUGCAAGAUAAGGACCAAGCCGUCAUGCCAAACGCAGACGCUAUAGCAACGACCGCCGGGGCCACUUUGUCCGUGGAACGCAGCAAGACGAAACCCACAGCUCUCGAGAAAUCGAAGGCUGCGCAGUGGACAUUCACCAAGGCAGUCCACGACUCUCUCAAUCCGUUCGUGAGAGACCAAGAAGCUGAAGACUAUGAGCGAUAUAUACGCCACCCGCAGAAUUUGCCUCUCGUGGUUUCUACCGAUGCUCCCAUCGACAUCGACUCGUCGGAAUACCAAGAAUAUGUCGACGGCAAUUGGCGUGACCACGGACUCAUGGUGGCCGGCACCGAAGAAGAAGUCGAUGUGUACGCGGAGCUGCUGAGAGUCGGCGAGAAUCCCCUCACCGUAACAGAAGGAGACGGUGCCAAGAAGCGAUACAAGGCGUACCGUAAAUGGCUUCGCGGCAAGUCCUUCUUCAAACAACAGCCGCUCGACUAG